AUGUGCGCAGCUUGGUCUGUCCUACUUGCUUCUCACGGAUAUGCGACCCAACUGCGCAUGUUCGCUCCCAGAUUGGUUAAACCCAUUGGCACACUUAGCAUAUCUGUUGAUUGGAGCUUGUAUAUUGGUGACCUGAUUGGCCAAAUCCAAGCCAAGCUUGCCGAUUCACUACUGAACGCGGCAGAGACAGCACAGCCGGACGACAGGAAUAAAUCCGGCGAGGAGCAAGAGUACGAGCUCACCUUUUUCAUUGCCGUCAACCGAGAGCAGCCCGUCCCUGAGCAGAUUUUAUUCGAAUGCCAAAUACAAGACGGGAGGAUUUGUACCAGAGCCGUCGGCCACGACAGUUGA